GAGUGCUCACUCGCAACGGUGUGAGUUCCUCGUUGCCGUGUGUGCCCAAUCCGCUUCUCCUGCUUUCCUGCUGCUGUCUCUCAAACCGCCGGAUGAGGCUGCUGCUGCUGCGAUUGUCCAAUGCAGCCUCCUCAUCUCUCCUUCUCCCCUGCCCUCUUCCCUCCCCCUUUCAAGUGGGGACCUGGGGAUUGCCGGACGCACCAUUCGCGCAUCGGCUCUCCCCGAGCGCACCAGUUGCUUCUGAGACGCUUGCGCAUACGGUCGCGCCCGUUCCCGCCCGGACUAGAACGGUGUACGGCCCUGCCCAACGCUCCGACCCACCCAAAACCAUCUCACCCCCUUCUUCCCCAUUCGGAUCCUUCACUUCACUGUUGACGGUGGUGUUGCGUGUGGUGUUGUGCUGUGUGCAGCAAACAAGCAAAGAAGUGUGUUCCACUACUAAAUCUUUCUAGCGGUUUGUUUUAGUAUACCGUGUAUAAUUUGUGCAGAUUCGCGCACACAUCAAGUGAGGUGCGUGUGUGCGUGCGUGCGCACGAUCGCGUGCUCUGUGCGUGUUUUUAACAGUGUGUGUGUGUGUGUCUGUGUGUGAGAGUGCAUUCGGUGUAAGCUAGUGGGUGACAGUAGCCGUGCGUGCACCUCGUCAGUGACAGAAACGGCGGGUUCGUCGUCUGCUUUUCGCGCUCGUGUCCGUGGAGCUGCGCGUGGAAAGCGCCCGAACCCGGAGAAGGCAUGAAAGGUGUCGCGGCGGUACAGCAACAGUAGCAGCCGCGGUAGUAGUAGUAGUAGUAGCUGUGGCUGUUGGAGUAGCCAACCAGGAAACCGGCCCCGGAAGCGCGGCUAGUUGGGAACGGGUUUGUUGGUAGUGUGGUACGCGAAGAAACCAGGGAACCGUAGCACCCGAACCUUGCCUGCCCAUAAAACAAACAGCGAGGAAGCGAGGACGCGGCGGUGUGUCGACUGGGGGCACACCCAGUUGCGCGGCAUGGAGCUCUCAACGCCGAACGACGGGAGCGGAACCGGCUGGCGACCGAGGUGGAGGAGGAUGGUCCGGGGGGCUUCGAGGACACCGAGCUGGCUGCUGUUGCCGCUGGUCGCGAUCGCCUUCCUGUCCACCACUAUCCACGCCGAGUCAUUGUUAGCAAUAGGUGGCAGUAUAUUUAGUAAUGAAACAGACGUGCCAUGUCCGUUCGGAACGUUCAAGUGCCCCGAGGGAAAGUGUAUACCGCAGACGUCGGUCUGCAACUAUCAGAAGGACUGCGAUAAGGGCGAGGACGAGCUGAACCAUUGUCCGCCGCCCGAGUGCGAACCGGGACAGAUCAGCUGCGGUCAGUACGUGUUUAACAAGACGUACUGCAUUCCACCCCACUACAAAUGCGACAUGACGAUCGAUUGUGUCGACGGUACGGACGAAUCCGACUGCACGUACCGCAAGUGCCAAACGGACGACAUCCGGUGCGGUGCACCGUCGCUCGGCGUCUCGCUGAACGGGCGCGUGGCGGAGAUCUGUGUGCCAAAGGAGAAGCGCUGCGACGGCUACCUGGACUGCCGGACGGGCAAGGACGAGGAGGGCUGCCCGGGCACGGCCUGCCGGCUCGACCAGUUCCGGUGCGCCAACGGGGUGCGCUGCAUCGAUACGGCGCUGAAGUGCAACCACAAGAACGACUGUGGCGACAACUCGGACGAGGUGGGCUGCAACUUCCCACCCUGCCACGGUGGCCAGUUCCGCUGUGCAAAUGCGCUGUGCAUACCGGCCACGUUCCACUGCGACGGCUACCACGACUGCUCGGACGAGAGCGACGAGGCGAACUGUACCGCGAUCGCCUGCCCGGACAACAAGUUCCUGUGCCCGCGGGGCGGCCCGAACGGCCAGGCCAAGUGUAUUGUCAAGUCGAAGCUGUGCGACGGCAAGCGUGACUGCGACGAUGGCACGGACGAGGAAACGGCUUGCUCAACCACGUCCUGUCCGGCGCUGGGCUGCGAGCACAAGUGUGGCCCGUCGCUGACCGGCGGCGUGUGCUACUGCCCGGCCGGGCGCACCCUCUCCCCGGACAAUCGGACCUGCGCCGACCUGGACGAGUGUACCGUGUGGGGCCACUGCGACCAGCUCUGCACCAACACGGACGGGUCGUUCUCGUGCGCGUGCGCCACCGGCUACACGCUGAUGGAGAAGACGCGCUGCGUCGCCCCGACCGCCAGCAGCCUGGAGCUGUUCUUUGCGUACGAUCGCGCGAUCCUGCGCAUGAGCGCGCACGGGCAGGACUCGCGCAUCAUCGCGAACGCGACCGGCGCCAGCGGCCUUUCCUAUCACUACGCGAAGAACCUGCUCUACUGGUCGGACAUCAAGACGCGCAAGGUGCAGUCGCAGGUGCUGGUGGACGGUGGGUUCGGCGGGCACGACUUCACGCUGCCCGGCACGUGGGCGCCGGUCGCGAUCGCGAUCGACUGGGUCGGGGACAAGCUGUACGUGGCCGACCUGGUCGGGCAGAAGGUGGACGUGUUCGAGCUGGACGGCCGGUGGCACGCGGUCGUGCUCGGCUCGAACCUGACCAGCCCGGCCGAUCUGGCGCUCGACCCGACGGCGGGCCUGAUGUUCGUGGCGGACGGCAGCCACGUGCUGCGCGCCCACAUGGACGGUACGCACGCGAAGUCGAUCGUGUCGGAGGCGGCGUACAAGGCGUCCGGCGUGGCGGUGGACGUGAUCGCGCGGCGCGUCUUCUGGUGCGACUCGCUGCUCGACUACAUCGAGUCGGUCAGCUACGAGGGCGAGCGGCGCGUGAUGAUACUGCGCGGCCAGCAGGUGCCGAGCCCGUCCCGGCUCGCGCUGUUCGAGAACCGCGUGUUCUGGUCGGACGCGACCAAGCAGGGCAUCAUGUCGGUGGACCGGUUCGAGGGCUCGUCCAGCAUACAGUCGAUCUUCAAGGCGAAGGAUAUACGGGAGCCGCGCGCCCUGAUUGCGGUGCAUCCGCUCACGCAGCCGAAGGUGUCGAACCCGUGCGGCAGCAACAACGGCGGCUGCUCGCAGAUGUGCGUCGUGACGGCGGUGCAGGGAGCGCCGUCCGGGCUGGGGUACCGGUGCGCCUGCCACACCGGCUGGCAGCUGUCGAAGGAUCUGAUGAACUGCCACCUGGUGCGCCAGUUCCUGAUGUACUCGCAGCAGCGCUUCAUCAAGGGCAAGGUGCUGGACCCGGUCAUCGAAGGGUUUAGCGACGCGAUACUGCCGGUCGUGUCGAGGCGGGCCCGCUUCGUCGGCCUGGACUUUGACGCGGUGGACGAGCACAUCUACUACUCGGACGUGCUGCAGGACGUGAUCUACCGGGUGCACCGGAACGGCACCGGGCGGGAAAUCGUGCUCGCGUCCCAGAACGAGGGCGUCGAGGGCCUGGCCGUCGACUGGGUGUCGAAGAAUCUGUACUACAUCGACAGCCGCAAGGGCACGCUGAACGUGCUGUCGACGCGCAACACGAGCUACCGGCGCACGCUGCUGAAGAAUCUGAAGCGACCGCGCGCGAUCGUGGUGCACCCGAACCGGGGCUACAUCUACUUCUCCGAGUGGGACCGGCCGGCCAACAUUAGCCGGGCGAACGCGGACGGCAGCGGGCUGAUCGUGUUCCGCAACCUGACGCUCGGCUGGCCGAACGGGCUGUCGAUCGACUUCCGGGAGGACCGGGUGUACUGGUGCGACGCGCUGCUGGACCACGUGCAGCACGCCAACCUGGACGGGACGGACGUGCGCACGGUGAACUCGCGCCUGAUCCGGCACCCGUUCUCGAUCGUGAUACACGAGGAGUGGAUGUACAUUACCGACUGGCGGCUCGAUGCGAUCGUGCGGCUGAACAAGCUGAACGGCGAGCAGGAGGAGAUAAUGGUGCGCGAGCCGCAGACGAACCGGCUGUACGGCGUGAAGGUGUACAGCCACGGGGUGCAGAGCAUCGACGCGAGCCAACCGUGCGGCGUCAACAAUGGCGGCUGCGAGAAGCUGUGCUUUGCGCUGCCGAGGAACGACACGGAGGACGCGGCGGCGGCGAGUGCGGCCGGACCGACCAGUCCACGGCUGGUCGUCAAGUGCGGCUGCCCGUACGGCGAGCGGCUCGGGGACGAUGGGCGCAGCUGUCUGUCCGACCCGAACGCGGAACCGCCGGUCCAGGCGUGCCCGAACACGUGGGACUUUACCUGCAACAAUCAGCGCUGCAUACCGAAGUCGUGGAUCUGCGACGGCGACGACGACUGUCUGGACAACUCGGACGAGGAGCAGAACUGUACCAAGCCGACGUGCGGCACGAACGAGUUCCAGUGCAAGUCGGGCCGGUGCAUACCGCUCAACUUCCGGUGCGACCAGGAGAACGACUGCGGCGACCAUUCGGACGAGUUCGAGUGCGGCAACGUGACGUGCGCUGCGUCGCAGUUCGCGUGCGAGAACGGCCGCUGCAUCCCGAACAUCUGGAAGUGCGACAGCGAGAACGACUGCGGCGACGGGUCGGACGAGGGACCGUUCUGCGCGGAGAAGACGUGCGCCUACUUCCAGUUCACCUGCCCCCGCACCGGGCACUGCAUCCCGCAGAGCUGGGUGUGCGACGGCGACGACGACUGCUUCGACAAGCAGGACGAGAAGGACUGCCCGCCGAUCACCUGCCUGGCGAACCAGUUCAAGUGUGCCGAUCUGCGCCAGUGCGUGGAGGAGCCGUACAAGUGCGACGGCAUACCGGACUGCAACGACGGCAGCGACGAGCUCGGGUGCCCCACGAUGGAGCCGAACCAGUGCAACCUGGAGAAGCACUUCCGGUGCCGGUCGUCGGGCGUCUGCAUCCCGAUCGCGUGGCACUGCGACGGCUCGAACGACUGCGACGACCACUCGGACGAGGAGGACUGCAGCAAGAUCACCUGCCCGAACGGGUUCUACAAGUGCGCGAACGCGAAGUGCGUGUUCAAGGCGUACAUCUGCGACGGCAAGGACGACUGCGGCGACGGGUCGGACGAGAGUGUGGAGCAUGCGUGCGUGACGCCGCCGCAACGGUGCGCCCACGGCCAGUGGGCCUGCCCGGGCGUGACCGAGCGCUGCGUCAACCUGACCUCGGUGUGCGACGACGUGCCGGACUGCCCGAACGGGGCGGACGAGGGGCUCGGUUGCGAUCUGGCCCAGUGCCAGCACCAGACGGGCCUGUGCUCGAACGGGUGCCAGAAGACGCCGCUCGGCGCGCUGUGCAUCUGUCCGCCGGGCGAGGAGCUGGCGCCGGACAACUUCACCUGCAAGGAUCUGAACGAGUGCGACCCGCCCGGCCUGUGCUCGCAGCGCUGCACCAACACGAAGGGCUCGUACUUCUGCUCCUGCGUGGACGGGUACGUGCUCGAGCCGAACAAGCACACGUGCAAGGCGGUGAACCAUCCGGCCGCGUUCCUGAUCAUCUCGAACCGGCACUCGAUCCUGGUGGCCGACCUGAAGGAGCAGGGCCUCGAGCGCGUCCCGAUCAUCGUGGAGAACGUGGUCGCGACCGCCUCCAACAUGCACACCGGCACCAUCUUCUGGAGCGACAUGAAGCUGAAGAAGAUCUCCCGGCUCGACCGGGGCAUGGAGCCGCAGGAGAUCAUCUCGACCGGGCUCGAUCUGGUCGAGGGGCUCGCGUACGACUGGAUCGGCCAGAACCUCUACUGGCUCGACAGCAAGCUGAACACGAUCGAGGUGGCGCACGAGAACGGCUCGAACCGGCUGGUGCUGGUGCGGGAGAACAUUACGCAGCCGCGCGGCAUGUGCCUCGACCCGAGCCCGACCGCCAAGUGGCUGUUCUGGACGGACUGGGGCGAGAACCCGCGCAUCGAGCGCAUCGGCAUGGACGGCACGAUGCGGGAGACGAUCGUCAGCACCAAGAUCUACUGGCCGAACGGGCUGACGCUCGACGUGGCGACGCAGCGCGUCUACUUUGCCGACUCGAAGCUCGACUUUAUCGACUUUUGCUACUACAACGGGACGGGCCGGCAGCAGGUGCUGGCGGCGAGCCACUAUCUGCUGCACGCCCACUCGCUCUCCCUGUUCGAGGACACGCUCUACUGGACGGAUCGGCAGCUGAACCGGGUGCUGUCCGCGCACAAGUACCGCGGCACGAACCAGACCGUGGUGAGCCAUCUGAUCUCGCAGCCGCUGUCGGUGCACGUGCACCAUCCGUCGCUGCAGCCGAUGUACGAGAGCCCGUGCAAGCGGGCGGCCUGCCAGCACGUGUGCCUGCUGAGCCCGUCCGAGCCGGCCGGGUACGCGUGCAAGUGCCGGCCGGGCUACCGGCUGCUGCCGGAGGGCCGCUGCACGGAGGAGGAGAACGCGUUCAUCAUGCUGCUGAAGGGCAACCAGAUCGUGGACGUGCCGUUCAACGGGGGCGAUGCGCGCUCGAGCGGCCUGAUGCCGGUGGUGGGCAUCGAGGGCGGCAUCAGCCUGGACUACGACCGCAAGGGCGAGAUGGUGUACUGGGUGCAGGGGCGGGACGAGUCGGACGAUGAGAACUGCACGAUCUACGCGACGCCGUACGGGGGCGGCAACAGGACGGAGUUCCUCGGCCCCGACACCGGCCUCGUGGGAGCGGCCUACACCAUCGCGUUCGACUGGAUCGGGCGCAACCUGUACGUGGGCAACCGGCUCGCCUCGAACAUCGAGGCGAUCAGCGUGGACGGGAAGGUGCGCUACCGGACGGUGGUGCUGGCGAACGACGGCAACCGGACGUCGGUGGCGAAGCCGAAGCAGCUCGCGCUCGAUCCGGCCGACGGCCGCCUGUUCUGGAUCGACGAGGGUGGCUUCGGCGUGCUGACGAAGGUGGCGUCCGCCGGCAUGGACGGGUCGGAUCCGCGCGUGCUCGACGACACGGUGCAGUUCCCCGAGUCGAUCACGGUCGACGCGGAGAAGCGGCGCGUGUACUACAGCACCCGGCUGCCGCCGGCCGUCCUCUCGAUCGAGUACGACGGCACCGGGCAGCGCACGAUACUGAGCGAGGAGAACGCCAUCUCGAAGCCGCGCGCCCUGGCCGUGCUCGAGUCGCGCCUGUACUUCCUCGACCCGACGUACGAGAAGCUGGCGCGCGUCGACCUGCCGAACGGCGACAACGCGAAGCUGAUACUGGACAACGAGCCGGACCUGCGGCAGAUGGUGAUCUACCGCAAGCGGUCGUCGCUGCAGCACCCGUGCACGCAGAACAACGGCGGCUGCGAGCACCUCUGCCUGCCGCACGCCGGGGCGUCGCGCGUCUGCGCCUGCGGCGUCGGCUACAAGAAGGAGAACGAGGUCGCCUGCACGCCCUACAAAACGUUCGCGGUCGUGUCGCAGCUGGACGUGACGCGCGGGUUCAGCCUGCGCGACAGCACGGAGGCGAUGGUGCCGAUCACCGGCCCGGGCCACCACAUCCUGCACGUGGACGUGCUGUACCGGGAGUCGUGGAUCUACUGGGUCGAGUACAACCGGGGCCACUGGAACGGCAUCUUCCGGGUGCGGCCGAACGGCACCGAGCUGCAGCACAUCGUGAAGGACGGCAUCGGGAGCAACGGCAUCCGGGGCAUCGCGAUCGACUGGGUGGCGGGCAACCUGUACUUCACGAACGUGUUCCCGCACGAGAACUACGUGGAGGUGGCGUGGCUGGACGGGACGCACCGCAAGGUGCUGGUGAAGACGACGAACGAUGCGCCGCGCGAGCUGGCCGUGAACCCGAUCAAGCGGCUGCUCUACUGGAUCGACUACGGGCAGUACCCGCGCAUCGGCAAGUGCUACCUGGACGGCUCGAACUGGACGCCGGUGGUGACGUCCGGCAUCUCGAACCCGCGCGACCUCACGGUGGACAUGCUGACGCACGACGUGUACUGGGUCGACUCGAAGCUGGACAUGAUACAGAAGGUGUCGUACAGCGGGGGCCACCGGCAGGUGAUCCGGCGCAACCUAGCCAACCCGAUGGCGCUGGCCGUCUUCCUCACGGACGUCUACUGGGUCGACCGCAAUCUGGCGAGCGUGUUCCGCGCGUCCAAGUUCCCGGGCAACAGCACGCGCCCCGAGCGGCUGCGCACCAACCUGCCCAAGCUGCGCGACAUCACGAUCUACGACAUCAACAGCCAGCCGAUGGACGACGCGAACCCGUGCCUGCGGCUCGGCAACGGGGGCUGCGACCAGCUCUGCUUCGCCCUGCCGCCCGACUACAGCCAGAAGCCGAGCUUCCGGUGCGACUGUGCGGUCGGGCGGCUCGGCGCCGACGGCCGGCACUGCGAGCUGACGGACGAGUACAUCAUCUUCGCGACGCGCACGGAGAUCCGCGCGAUCGAUCUCGACCCGGCCUCGACGAACGUGCCGUUCGCGCCGGUCGCCAACCUCACCAACGUGGUCGGCCUCGACUUUGACUACGCGGACAACAAGCUGUUCUUCACGCAGAUCCGCCCGUGGUCGAAGAUCGCCUGGCUGCGCGGGGACAAGCCGGACGCGGCCGCCAUCACGCCGGUGAUGACGCGCGGCAUCAACCCGGAGGGCAUCGCGUACGACUGGACGCAGCGCAAGAUCUACUGGACGGACAGCUCGAACAACUCGAUCUACGCGAUGAACACGGACGGCACCGAGCUGGUGAUGAUAGCGCGGGUCGAGCGGCCGCGCGCGAUCGUGCUCGACCCGUGCAACGGCACGCUGUACUUCACCGACUGGGGGCGGUUCGGCACGUCCGGCAAGAUCUUCCGCACCACGAUGGCCGGCUCGCUCAAGCGGGCGAUCAUCGACCGGGACCUGUCCCAGCCGUCCGGGCUCGCGAUCGACUACGACGACCGGAUGCUCUACUGGACCGAUGCGGUGCGCGAGAAGAUCGAGCGGUCGCAGCUGGACGGCCGCAACCGGGAGGUGCUGAUCUCGGCCACCAUCUACCCGUUCGCGAUCACCGUGUUCCGGAACUACAUCUACUGGACGGAUCUGCAGCUGCGCGGCGUGUACCGGGCGGAAAAGCACACCGGCGCGGGCGUGCACGAGAUGGUGAAGCGGCUGGAGGAUUCGCCGCGCGACAUCCACAUCUACAGCGCGACGCGCCAGCAGUGCCAGGCGAACCCGUGCCUGCAGAACAACGGCGGCUGCGCCCAGAGCUGCCAUCCGGGCGCGAACGGCAAGCCGGAGUGCAAGUGCGACGACACGACCAAGCCGGUGAACGAGGGGCGCAUGUGCGCCCCGAAGAACCACACGUGCGACGCGAGCAAGUUCUACUGCCAGAACGGCAAGUGCAUCUCGCGCAUGUGGUCGUGCGACGGGGACGACGACUGCGGGGACGGCUCGGACGAGGACGUCAACUACUGUGCGUUCCAUUCGUGCGCGGCCAACGAGUUCCGGUGCGCGAACGGCCGGUGCAUCUUCAAGUCGUGGAAGUGCGACCACGAGAACGACUGCAAGGACGGGUCGGACGAGGAGGGCUGCUCGUACCCGCCGUGCGUGGAUGGGGAGUUUACCUGCGCGAACGGGCGCUGCAUCCCGCAGGCGCAGGUGUGCAACGGCGUGAACGACUGCAAGGACAACGGCACGUCGGACGAGACGCACGAGCGCUGCCCCACGAACACGACCUGCCCGCCGAACCAUCUGAAGUGCGACCGGACGAACAUCUGCGUGGAGCCGUACUGGCUGUGCGACGGCGACAACGACUGCGGCGACAACUCGGACGAGAACCCGCUGCACUGUGCGCAGCGCACCUGUCCGCAGAACAGCUUCCGCUGCCCGAACCAUCGCUGCAUACCGGCGACGUGGUACUGCGACGGCGACGAUGACUGCGGGGACGGGGCGGACGAGCCGCCGGAGUACUGCAAGUCGGAGGGCCGGACGUGCUUCGGCGAUCUGUUUACGUGCGACAACGGCAACUGCAUACCGCGCAUCUACAUCUGCGACGGCGACAACGACUGUCUGGACAACUCGGACGAGGACAACCGGCACCAGUGCAACGAUCGCAAGUGCGACGAGGAUACGGAGUUUACCUGCCACGAGAACAAGGCGUGGGCCCGGGCCCAGUGCAUCCCGAAGAAGUGGAUCUGCGACGGCGACCCGGACUGUGUCGAUGGGGCGGACGAGAACACCACGCUGCAGCACUGUCCGUCGCCGCAGCCGUGCGGGGAGGACAUGUUUACGUGCGCGAACGGCCGAUGCAUCAAUCAGGGUUGGGUGUGCGAUCACGACAACGACUGCGGCGACGGUUCGGACGAGGGCAAGAACUGCAACAGCCAGUACAAGACCUGUACGCCGCAGGAGUUCACCUGCCAGAACUUCAAGUGCAUCCGUAACCAGUACCGGUGCGACGGCGAGGACGACUGCGGGGACCACUCGGACGAGGUCGGCUGCAAGAAGGACAACGCGACGUGCGCGGAGGGCAAGUUUACGUGCAACAAUGGGCAGUGCAUCGACUACCAUCUGGUGUGCAACAAGGUGCCGGACUGUACAGACGAGUCGGACGAGCCGCUGCACUGUAACGUAGAUGAGUGUGCGAAGGUGGAGAUUCACCGGUGCGGCCACAAGUGCGUUGACACGCUGACGAGCUAUUAUUGCGACUGCAACCAGGGCUACAAAUUGCUGGAAGACGGCAAGGCCUGUGCAGACAUUGACGAGUGCAUUGAGACACCGGGUGUUUGUUCGCAGCACUGCUCGAACACGCCCGGAGGCUACUACUGCAAGUGCGACGAGCGGUACUACGAGCGACAGAACGAUGAGCACACGUGCAAGCGCAAGGACGACACGAAGCCGUGGCUGAUCUUCAGCAACAAGUACUACGUGCGCAACAUGUCAACCGACGGUCACCAGUACAACCUGAUCCACCAGGAUCUGAUGAACGUGGUGGCGAUCGAUUUCGACAUGCAGCAGCACGAGAUGUACUUCUGCGACGUGACGGCGAAGACGAUCUUCAAGUCGAGCUUCGGCUCGCUGGUGGAGGACGGUGUGCGCAUCGAGAAGACGCCGGUGAUCAAGCACGAUUCGCACGGGCUGGAGGGCAUCGCGAUCGACUGGGUCGGGCGGAAGCUGUACUGGCUCGACCGCCACUCGAAGAACCUGGACGUGGCCGAGCUGGACGGUACGCGGCGCAAGACGCUCCGGUCGGGCGUGGUAGAUCCGCGCGCGAUCGUCGUCCAUCCGGGCAUUGGCUAUCUGUACUUCACCUCCUGGCAUCUGCAGGCGUACAUCGCCAAGAUGGGCAUGGACGGGUCGAACUUUACGCGCAUUCUCACGUGGGAGGACGACAUCGCGUGGCCGAACGCGCUGACGAUCGAUUACUUCACCGAUCGGAUCUACUGGGCCGACGCCCAUCUGGACUACAUCGCGUUCGCCGAUCUGGAGGGACGGCACCGGCACGUGGUGCUGUCCGGCGCGCGGGUACCGCACGUGUUUGCGCUCUCCAUCUUCGACGACAGCCUGUACUGGACGGACUGGAACCUGAAGGCGAUCCUGCGGGCGAACAAGUUUACCGGCGCGAACUACAUGGUGGUGCGGAACACGACCCACCGGCCGUACGACGUGCACAUCAGCCACCCGCUGCGCCAGAUCCCGUUCCCGAACCCGUGCGGCACCACCAACGGCGGCUGCUCGCAUCUCUGCCUGCUGGCGCCACCGCUCGAGUCGACCUACCUGAACGUGGAGGGCUACCUGGAGGAGGGCGCCCCCAGCUACCGGUGCGCCUGCCCGAACCAGUUCUAUCUGGCGCGCGACCAGAAGACGUGCAUCGCGAACUGUACCAGCGGGCAGCACCGGUGCGGCGGCGACGACGAGAAGUGCAUCCCGUGGUUCUGGAAGUGUGACGGCGAGCCGGACUGCAAGGACCGGUCGGACGAGCCGGCGAGCUGCCCGGCCCGGCACUGCCGGGCGGGCACGUUCCAGUGCGGCAACGGCAACUGCACGCCCUCGACCACCAUCUGCGACGGCACGGACGACUGCGGGGACGGUACGGACGAGCAGAACUGCGACCUGCCCUGCCCGGUGUCGGACUUUAAGUGCAAGUCGAGCGGCCGGUGCAUCCUGGACAGCUGGAAGUGCGAUGGCGACGCCGACUGCAAGGACGGCAGCGACGAGGAUCCGGAGAUUUGUCACAAGCGUACGUGCGACCCGGAGACGGAGUUCAGCUGCAAGAACGGGCGCUGCAUACCGAAGCUGUGGAUGUGCGACUUCGACAACGACUGCGGGGACGAUUCGGACGAGCCGGCGUACAUGUGCCGGCAGCGCAACUGCACCACCGGGUGGUCCCGCUGCCCGGGCCAGUCCAACUACCGCUGCAUCCCGAAGUGGCUGUUCUGCGACGGCAAGGACGACUGCCGCGACAAGAGCGACGAGCUGCCGGAGAACUGCCCCCAGUGCAACCAGGAAACCGACUUCAAGUGCAACAACAACCGCUGCAUUCCAAGACAGUGGAUGUGCGACUUUGCGGACGACUGCGGCGACGGUAGCGACGAGAGCGAGACCCAGUGCAAGGGCAAGUACCGCGAGUGCUCCGAGUCGGAGUUCCGGUGCGACAACGGCAAGUGCAUCUCGAGCCGGUGGCGCUGCGACCACGAGGACGACUGCGGCGACAACUCGGACGAGUACGGGUGCGAGGGCUUCCAGUGCAAGAACGGCACGUUCCAGUGCAAGUCGGGGCACUGCAUCGCCGCCUACUUCCGGUGCGACGGCGACCGGGACUGCCGGGACAUGUCGGACGAGAUCGGCUGUCCGCCGCGCUUCCCGGGCGGCCGCUACUGUCCCGAGUCGCGCUUCCAGUGCGCCAACAAUCUGUGCGUGCUGCCGUCGGACCUGUGCGACGGCACGGACGACUGCGGCGACAACUCGGACGAGGCGGCCUCCGUCUGCACCAACUUCAACUGCGACACGCUGCGCCGGUUCCAGUGCGCGAACCAUCGCUGCGUCGCCCGGUACCAGAUCUGCGACGGGGUGGACAACUGUGGCGACGGCUCGGACGAGAACAACAUGACGCUGUGCGCGGCCCGCCAGAAACCGUGCGACCUCUACACGCAGUACCAGUGCGCGAACAAGAAGUGCAUCGACCGGGCGCAGGUGUGCGACUACGCCGACGACUGCGGCGACGGCUCGGACGAGCUGGGCUGCCACCGGACGGCCAGCUGCUCGGCGCUGAACAAGGGCGGCUGCGAGCAUCACUGCGUCAACCUGACCGACGGCUACAUCUGCGCGUGCUACGCCGGCUUCAUCAUCGACGCGUCGAACAAGAAGCGCUGCACGGACAUUGACGAGUGUGCGACCGGCACGCACGGCUGCUCGCACCUCUGCACGAACCUGAACGGCACGUACGAGUGCGGCUGCCGGGAAGGGUUCCGGCUGUCGGACCGGGUGUCGGGCGUGUGCAAGGCGCUCAAGGGCGAACCGCUGCUGGUGCUGUCCGGCGGGCCGGAGAUACGGGCGUACGAGCCGGCCCAGAACCGCCAGUUCGACGUGAUCGCGGGCGAGAAGCGGAUCGAGGCGCUCGACUACAAUCCCGAGUCGCAGAUGAUCUUCUGGACGGACAGCUACGACAAGACGAUCAAGCGCUCCUACAUGGUGAACGCGAUGAACGGCGACGCGAAGGUGGGGUACGCGCAGGACCUCAACAUGAAGGGCGGCACCAAGCCGACGGCCCUGGCGGUCGACUGGGUGGCGGACAACCUCUACUGGGCGGAGACGGACCGGACCGGGUCGAAGCCGCGCGGGCGCAUCAUGGUGGCGAAGACGGACGGCCGGUACCGGCGGGCGCUGGUACAGGCCGGGCUGGAGGUGCCGACGGCCAUCGCGGUCGACCCGCAGCUCGGGCGAAUGUUCUGGGCCGACGCGGGCAGCGCGCCCAAGAUCGAGGUGUCGUGGAUGGACGGGUCGAAGCGCCGGCCCAUCAUUACCGAGGCGAUCCGGCAUCCGGCCGGGCUGACGGUCGACUACUCGCAGGACCACGCGGUCUACUGGGUCGACACGAAGCUGAACACGAUCGAGGUGAUGAAGCCGGACGGCACGAUGCGCCGCACCGUGCUGAAGGGCGACCUGCUCAAGCACCCGGUGUCUCUGGACGUGUUCGAGUCCAGCCUGUACUGGGUGACGCGCGACACCGGCGAGCUGCUGCGGCAGGACAAGUUUGGCCGGGGCGUCCAGGUGACGGUGCAACGCAACCUUGCCAAUCCGUCCAGCAUUAAGGUCUAUCAUGAGUUGCGUUACAACACCACGCUGAACAAUCCGUGCUACCGGAACCCGUGCUCCCAUCUGUGUCUGCUCGUACCGGGCGGAAGACGCUGCUCCUGCCCGGACAACACCGUACCGACGUCGCACCGCAGCACGGCCGAAGUUGUUUGCGAUGCUCCGGCUGAGCGGCCACGACCGGCACCGCGUGUCUGCCCGUGCCAGAACGGAGGGCUGUGCAAGGAGGCCGACGCUGGCCCGGGCGCACCGAGCAGCGAGCUCGUGUGCGUCUGUCUGCCCGAGUUCUCCGGCACCCACUGCGAGGUGUACAGCGAGAAGAUACUGGGCGCCGCCGGCAGCAGCACGACCGCCAUCUUUGUGCCGCUGCUCAUCCUGAUGCUGAUCAUCAUCGCUAUCGGGCUGUUUGUCAUCGUCAAGAAGCGACCAUUUGGCAAACCGAGCCUUAGCUCGUCCCAGAGCGUCUCGUUCCGUCCCGGCACGAACGUGGAGUUCAAUUCGUCCGAGUUCCCGUCCGCCCAGCGGCUGCCGGGUGUGCCCGGUGGCGCCGCCACCGGCACCACCGCCGGUACCGCCGUUACCCCGCUCGAUGGCUACAGUCUCGAUACGCUCAACAACAAGAACACAGACUUUAGCAACCCGAUGUACGAUGCCGUCCAGGCCGGUUCCGAUCCGAUGCCGACCAGUAAUAUGCCCUCGGACAUCUACGAAGUGCCGUCGGAUGUGGGCAAGCUGAACGGCAGGAAGGAAGGUUCGUCCCUGUCGACCGGACCGUUCACAGAGCCGGUGUCGGCCAUCCUGGCGCCGAGCAGCAUCACGCACAAAACGUCGCCCCAGCUGAAUCUGCGCCCGAAGGAGCUUAACCCUUCGAUGCACGACACGGGCAAGGACACGCAGCUGCUGGUCGAGGAGGACAAGUCGGAGUGCUAAGGGGGACAGCAGCAGCAGCGGGCGAGCGAGACGGACAGAAAGAGAGAGGAGGGUUUCCGUUGCCUCCUUCCGUUUUGGGGGGAUAGAUAACGGAAGGGGAGGGGAAAGUUCACUAUUCCGCAUUCCGAUGUGUGCGUAUGUGUGUACGUGUGGUUGUGCGUGUGCAUGUAAAAGUGCUGUAGGAGCCAAGCUCAAAUCGCAAGGAAGGGGUAUUGAAUAACGAAAACACAGUUGCGACUAUAGAGGGUUAACUGGGUCAAUGCAGCCAAUGUAGCGGGCAGGACAGUGAAGCAGAAGCGGGCAUAAAUGCAUGCCGUGAGGGAGCAGCGUGAGAGGGCUGUGGGAAACUGGCCCCGACACACGUUCCUCUGUUACGAGAAGCCUACGUUAUAAGCAAUACAUUAUAUAAACGUAUUCUAAGUUUUUUUUUGUUAAUAAGGUUUCUAUAGAAACGGAGAUGUUAGAACGGAAAUAAAGUGUGAGUGAGAGAGAUAUAUAGGGAGAAAGGAGAGUAAUAUAUGAGAACGAAGUGGGCAAAGCAACAUAAACUUAGCACGUUUAGAGGAAAAAAAGAAUAACAGGAAUACGAUACAGCUGGUUGUAAAAGUAAAAUCAAGCUAACUUGAAGUAAACAUUAACAUCCUGCAAGUAAGAACAGACGAAAGAGAAACGAAAAGGUGAGAAAACGAAUAGAACAAAGCAUACAGACGAUACGUCCAAUCGAAUUUGAACAUAAAAGAAUGGAACAGAGAGAAAGAGAAGGAAAACGUUUUACAACUAUUAGUUUUGUAUAUAGUUAAAAGCAAGCGAUUGUGUGGUGAAUGUUGAAAUCUGCUGCUGUGCUGGCAAUGGCACACACACACACACAAAGUGUUUUUUUCUUCUUCCCAGACCGCACUGCAACGGUUUUGUUGCGGUGCACACACAAACACACAUACAUAGCACAUACAUCGCACAUGUUCACACAUCGGAAACAAUCGGUGCGCAAGUCACAGCACACGAGCCUUGCACACGUUCCUACAUAGAGGAGCAGAGGGGACAUGGGGGACAGGGAGCAACUCGUGAUCAUGCAGAUCACGUUUGCUGUAUUAGUGGGGAUUGGGGUUGCGAAAGAGCAAAAAUAAGAUGUUAUUUUAUCUUGAGUAUUGUUGAGUUCUAAUGUAAUCUUACGACGAUAAUUACUACGGAUCGAUGUGCGGAGCCUGACCACCCGCCCCCGCCCCCCCCCCCCCCGGAAAACUGACACAACUAAACGUUCGCCCUGCUCGCCCUUCGAGCCUCCUUUUCUUGCGGCCCUCGCGGGUAAAGUUGCAGUAAGGGAGGUGAGCCUGCGCAGGGAGGAUGUAGCGACCACGGGGAGUAGGGCGUGGGUGUGGGGGAGGGAGGAAGAGGGCCAAAUAAUCAGAGGACUGGCAUCGAGCAAGGUGCCUUAUUAGAGUCAUAGGCAGGGAUGUGUGACGGAUGUCAGAUGAGAAAUCAUAAUUCAACGUUUUUAAUUUCUCCCGAUUCGUACUACAAAACAGAAACACACGCGGAAAGUCCAAUUUCAUCGUUGUUUGCAAAUAAAUACACACUUUAAAAAAAA